AUGGCCUCUCCUCUUCCUCCUGAUCCCUAUGUGGCGUUGGGAGUCUCCAAAGAUGCCGACAUCUCUGCCAUCCGCACGGCUCACCGAAAACUCGCCCUCAAACACCACCCCGAUCGAAUCAAGGAUGAGGCACAACGGGAACGCGGCAAGGAUGAAUUUCAGAAGAUUCAACAAGCGUACGAACUUCUCACCGACCCUGUUCGGAGAUCACGGUAUGAUGAUAGAGUCCGGUUGGCCGAGCUGCGAAGAGAAAGCAUGAUGAGAGAACCGCCACUGCCCACGACGACCGCCACCAGAGUCUAUCCCAUGAGGCCGGCACCGCAUCAUGCCUCUGCCUCGGUUCCUACUCCUGCUCCUGCUCGCGAGUAUCGAGAAGACGGCAACUUCUUUGAGGAAGUCCGCCAGCCUAGGAACAAUUCAGCAUAUGACUACCGAGAUCCUUACGAUGAAACCCUCCCUCGCACGACCUCGAGGAAAUAUCCCGAUUACGACAACAGAGCCCCUCCACCUUCCAAACCCUCUGAAAAGUCCAAAAAACCCUCCAAUGUGUGGCCAGGCAUGAUGGCUGCCGCCGCAGCUGUCAAGUUGAAGGCACAAGCGGAAAAGACAAGAAAUAGCAAAAUGGAGGAAAAGAGCAGAGACCGGGAAAAGAGGCGAGAACGAAGCGAGAAAGUCCAGACGAGAAGGACGGCAUACGUGGAAGAUUCAGAAUCCGAAGUGGACUCUCCUGAAGUUAGACCCUCCCUCAAGUCCACCACCCGCUCGAAAACGACAUCACAUUUUGAACCUGCCUCCGAGACUGCGCGGAAGAGAUCGCUUCGGUCGGACAAGCUGCGUGAGGUUGACGAGGAGUCCUUGGAUGGGAAAUGGGAGCGACACCAUGAAGAGAGCAAGGCGUACAUGGCCAAAGCCAAAGCAACCAAUCGUCCGGGCUUGGAGCGGGCAGACUCAGAUGCCUACCAAUAUUGGGUGGGAGAGUCGAGAAGCGGUGGUCGCAGAAGCGGCAGUGACAAUGAAAAACGAUCUACCCCGUCAAAGGGACGCCGUGCAACUGUGGAAGAUUACUUCACGCCAUCCUUCACGAAAUCAAGCUCUUCACCGAGCAAUCUACGUGCCCAUGUAGAAGAGCGCGCUCCGCCCAGAUCGUCUGCCGGUACCCCGCGUGAUCGAGAUUGGGAAAGGGAAAGAGAACGUGAACGUGAUAGGGAACGAGAGCGUGAUCGGGACCGAGAACGGGAACGGGAGCGAGGAGAACGCGAACAUCGGAGGAGGAUGCCGCCAAAUCUGUCUCGUUCCCAGACUGCACCCGUACCAAAGCUCGCCACCAAGAAAGACACUACUCCUGCAAAGGGGUCUAACCUAAAACACGCCGAAACUCAGUUGCACGACUCGGGUUAUGGGAGUAGUCCCAGCCCGCAUACUCCGGAGAUGAGGGAGGAAAGCCCCCCGUCCAGGCCUGUCAGACCUCGACAGACGUCCACCAAAUAUCAGAUUGUCGACCCAGACGAUCGGGACGAUUUCACGCGAACGCCACGGGUCAACAAGCUCUAUGAUGACUAUGGUGAUCGAUAUGCAAGGACGUACCAUCAUAGCCCAGAAUCUGUCAUCCGCGAGCCGAUGCCAAGAGACUCGGAUCGUCGCAAAGAAAGGCCUGAACGUCCGAGAGUCGAGACUAGAUCGUCCAAAUCUUCCCGCGGCGCAUCACUGAUGGAGGACUUCGUUCAAACCUCUCCUCCUGUACGGCGGACUGAAUCAGGACGGUUUGAAGAUCGAGCGUCACCACGUUCACCACGAGACUCGCCGCCUGUCACGCGCACCAACAGUGGUCGCGACAAGCUCUUUGCCGAGAUCUCGCCUGAGGAGUCGAGGUACGCACGACCUUAUCCGGCGGACAAGGUCCACAUCGCACCUCGCCGGGAACCGCAGUACGCCACAUAUACACGAGACGGUCCCGAGUACCGGGCCACCGAGCAUUCAUCACGGUUUCGAGAACCUCCUAAAAUGAGACGGCCGUCGGUGAGCGUGGGAGGUUACUAA